CGGACGCAGGGCCGGGCUUCGUGCGGUGGGGCUCGCUCGCGCGGCGGCUGCAGGAGUCGAGGCCUCUUGGUUCUGCGGCACGUGACGGUCGGGCUCCCUCAGCCGCUGUCUCCACUGCAGCGUGGGGCCAGGUGUGCGGGCGGGAGGAGGCGCGGGCACCACCGGCGGUCCUCCUGAGGCUUGAGAUCAUGGAAGGGAAGUGGUUGCUAUGUAUGUUACUGGUCCUUGGAACUGCUGUUGUUCAGGCUCAUGAUGGACACGACGAUGAUGUGAUUGAUAUUGAGGAUGACCUUGAUGAUGUCAUUGAAGAGGUAGAAGACUCAAAACCUAAACCAGACACCAGUGCUCCGCCAUCUCCGAAGGUCACCUACAAAGCUCCAGUUCCAACAGGGGAAGUGUAUUUUGCUGAUUCCUUUGACAGAGGAACUCUGUCAGGGUGGAUUUUAUCCAAAGCCAAGAAAGAUGAUACUGAUGAUGAAAUUGCCAAAUAUGAUGGAAAAUGGGAAGUAGAUGAAAUGAAGGAAACAAAACUUCCAGGUGAUAAAGGACUUGUAUUGCUAUCUCGGGCCAAACAUCAUGCUAUUUCCACUAAACUGAAUAAGCCCUUCAUCUUUGAUACCAAGCCUCUCAUUGUUCAGUAUGAGGUUAAUUUCCAAAAUGGAAUAGAAUGUGGCGGUGCCUAUGUAAAACUACUUUCCAAAACUCCAGAACUCAACCUGGAUCAGUUCCACGACAAGACCCCUUAUACAAUUAUGUUUGGUCCAGAUAAAUGUGGAGAAGACUAUAAAUUGCACUUCAUCUUCCGCCACAAAAACCCCAAAACGGGUGUCUAUGAAGAAAAGCAUGCUAAGAGGCCAGAUGCAGAUCUGAAGACCUAUUUUACUGAUAAGAAAACACAUCUUUAUACAUUAAUCUUGAAUCCAGAUAAUAGUUUUGAAAUAUUAGUGGACCAAGCUGUUGUGAAUAGUGGGAAUCUGUUAAAUGACAUGACUCCUCCUGUAAAUCCUUCACGUGAAAUUGAGGACCCAGAAGACAGGAAGCCUGAAGAUUGGGAUGAAAGACCAAAAAUUCCAGAUCCUGAUGCUGUCAAACCAGAUGACUGGGAUGAAGAUGCCCCUGCUAAGAUUCCAGAUGAAGAAGCCACUAAGCCUAUAGGCUGGUUAGAUGAUGAGCCUGAAUAUGUACCUGAUCCAGAUGCAGAGAAGCCAGAGGAUUGGGAUGAAGAUAUGGAUGGAGAGUGGGAGGCUCCUCAGAUUGCCAACCCCAAGUGUGAGUCGGCCCCUGGGUGUGGUGUCUGGCAGCGACCUAUGAUUGACAACCCUAAUUAUAAGGGCAAAUGGAAACCUCCCAUGAUUGACAAUCCUAACUACCAGGGAAUUUGGAAACCCCGGAAAAUACCAAAUCCAGAUUUCUUUGAAGAUUUGGAACCUUUCAAAAUGACUCCUUUUAGUGCUAUUGGUUUAGAACUGUGGUCUAUGACCUCGGACAUUUUUUUUGACAAUUUCAUCAUUUGUGGUGAUCGAAGAGUGGUUGAUGAUUGGGCCAAUGAUGGAUGGGGUCUGAAGAAGGCUGCCGAUGGGGCUGCUGAGCCAGGUGUGGUGGGGCAGAUGAUUGAGGCAGCCGAGGAGCGCCCAUGGCUCUGGGUGGUUUAUAUUUUGACUGUGGCAUUGCCUGUGUUUCUUGUCAUCCUCUUCUGCUGUUCUGGAAAGAAACAGGUCAGUCCUGUGGAGUAUAAGAAGACUGAUGCUCCUCAACCAGAUGUGAAGGAGGAAGAAGAAGAAAAGGAAGAAGAAAAGGAAAAGGGAGAUGAGGAGGAGGAAGGUGAAGAGAAACUUGAAGAGAAGCAAAAAAGUGAUGCUGAAGAAGAUGGUGGCACUGUCAGUCAGGAGGAGGAAGAUAGGAAACCGAAAGCAGAGGAGGAUGAAAUCUUGAACAGAUCACCAAGAAACAGAAAGCCACGAAGAGAGUGAAACAAUCUUAAGAACUUGAUCUGUUAUUUCCUCUCCCUCCCCUCCCCCUGCAAGUGUGGGUCCUAGGAGAGGACCUGACACACCUUAGGUUGAAACUCAGAAAACCUCCAGACGUCACCAUCAACAGGUUCCAGUUGAACACUAGCCCGUGUAAUUUUAAACACCUAGCAGUACAUAAUUGCAGUUGUGACAUAAAGGACCCUGUUUCUGUAGAAAGAGCAUUUAACAUAAUGGUUGUGAAAUGUAACUUGAGGCAACUAACUUGUACUUUUUUUUUUUUAAAACAUCUUUGUUUUUUUAAAUAGAGUGAUAGAACUUUGCCAGUCUUUAAAAAUGUUGGCUUAAUUUAAUAUAUUAAUAUGUCCAUGCAGAAAUAACACCAACCUUUAAAAAUGCUAGGGAGAUGAAUUUGAAGUUUUUAUAACUGAUUUUGUUUUUUAAGUGUGGUAUUAUAAAACAUGCAAGUGUCUCUGUCCCUUGAAGUUGAUAAUCAUGUUUAAAGUUCAGUCAUUUGUGGUUAUGAUCUUGUUUUGCUUGCUUCCAUUAUUCAAUUCCUCCUAAGGAAAUUGAGGAGAGGGAUUGGAUGGAAGCCCAAAUUUAUAUAAAGGUUCUGUUUAAGUUGUAUUAAAAAUAGACAUACAAAAAGAAAAAACUUUUCACUUGAUGUUGGUUAUACCAUAAAAAGUGUGUGUUCUUUUGCCCUUGGAACAACUCAGUUCCCAGACAUCUUUGCAGUUAGCGGAGGAGGUGGCAUAAUGUGGCACUCAGGCAUUCAUACUUCAUAUACUGAGUGUCUGCGUUCCAGCCUUCUCGAGCAGGUGGCUUUUUCAGGAACGCUCCCAGGGCAUGUGAGCUCCAGAGUAGAUGCAGAUGUUUUCAUCACAUCUUCCACUGUGUUGACACUGUUUUACCUUCCUAGUUUCCCCAAAUUCCCAGUUUUCUCCUCUGCUAUGCAUUGUCUUCACUGUGCAGCUUGCAGUCUGUUGCUGAAAAAUGAUUAUAAGCUCUGCAUAGUGUUAAGCUUUAUUGUAAUUAAGUGUAUGUUUCUUCUUCCUUUGUUAAGCAGACCCACACCUUUCCAGGGUCAAAAAGUACAGGAUAGAAUACCAUCUUCCAUUUUUACCAUUUUUUUCACUCUGUGUAAAGACUUUAGAAGUCUAAUCCAGAGGUGAACCAAUUCAGAAUUGACUAAUUGAACACAGGCUAAAAGUAUUUAUGGGAGGAGUGACUUAUAGCAUGAGUUUUCCGAUUUUUGUAGCUGCUGAUAAACCUUUUAAAUCUUUAUUUGCAGUUUGUGUAACAGUUGUGUCUUCAAUUACAAGAUAAAGCAGUCAGUCCUAUUCCAAAAAAAAAAUUUUUUUUUUCCAGAGUAUGUGGCUUGUAGAAUUUUUAAGAAAUGAUCUUAAGUUUGUUUUUUCAUGUGGAAUGCAGAUGGGUGCUAUCAUAGCCUCUCUCCCAUCACGAUAGUGUAAUAAUAUCAUUAUUACACCACACUGAAAUGUAUUCAGAAUUAGAUUUUUUUUUAGCUUUAUUCUUCAGAGGUGUUUCAAAUGUACCGAAGAUACUGUUCCUUGCACUGAAUAUAUAAACACUCCAGAGUGUUUAUAUUGGGGAAAUAUUGGGGAGGAAGUAUAUUCGUAAAAGAUGAAGGCUGUAUCUGUUUAUUUUGUUUAUCUUCAAUUUUUUACUGGUUCACUUAAAUUCUUACGAGGGUGGGAUGCAUUUUUCUUGCUGUUCAGUGCUUUAUCCUUUUCAUCUGUUGUUCUGUGGUCACAGUGACCUUAGCUAUGUAGCAGACUUUCCCAAAUGUAUUGAGUGCAAAUAAACAGUUUCUUAGCAAGACCUGAAAAUAUGUCUGCAGGUUUCUCCUUGAAGCAAGUGUGUGGGAUCAUUGCAUUUCUAGAAGCCUUCUUCACUCUCCAUUGAUAUUAUAUUUCAUGCCUUCCUUAAAGUUUCUUCUGCUGAGCUAUCAAAUAAUAAGUAUAAAUCAAUAGAGUGUUCAUUUGCCUUUCAGGGUAAUUUAGCAACACUUGUUCGGAAAAAAAAGAAAACCAAAACAAAGUCUUUUCUUGAUUCUCUUUUUCACUCUUUGUAGAAGGUGCAGCCUCCUGACACAUUAAAGAAUGACCAGCAGCCAUGAACGGCCCUUUAAAAGGCACUUACGUUAUGAUUUUAUAUGCUGGUUGUUUAUAGCAUUGUUGUAAAAUGCCCAGCCCAACAGAUAUGUUCCUCAAUUUCUCUUAUCCAUAAAAUAAUCUCCAUUUUUCUCAAAUUGUCACGUUACUAAAUGGUAUUACAUUAAAGUCCUGUGUUAAAGCA